AUGUCUUACACACUCUACGACACAUCCAUUGUCCCCGCCAAACAAGCCCUCACCGCCCUUGCCAGUAUCAUCCGCAAGGCUCUGGACCAUCCCAGUGACAAAAACCUCCUCACAGUCGGCCUCCACGAUGACAUGAAGCCAUUGAGCUUCCAGAUCAUAUUUGCCGCCUCGCUCGCCGAGAAAUUGGUCGCCAGAUUGAGCGGCACCCCGGUCCCAGAGCCUACCACUGAGCUCUCAUCGCUCGCUGAUGCCCUUGCACUCACUGAGAAGGGCCUCGAGGUUCUUAACGGCGCCGAUAAGACCUUGAUCAACGGCAAUGCCGAGAACAUGACGGAGGUUGGUAUGGGGCCUGGAGUUAAUAUUCCCAUGCGUACGGAUGCCUAUGCCAGCGCUUUUGCCUUGCCUAACAUUAACUUCCAUGUCGUUACUGCUUAUGCUAUCCUGCGGAAGGAGGGUGUGCCUCUUGGCAAGAGGGAUUACCUUGGUGCUUACAUGGGUGCUUAUCUCCCUCAGAAAUAG